UACAGAUGCACCUCAAUCUUCUAUCAGUACGUUCUACAGCCAAAAAUAAAAAACCAAGCUUCUUCUCAGAGAGAGAGAGAUGAGGGCUAUCAUCUCAAGCUAUGUAGCCAUUGAGGCUCAUCAAAUCACCCUGCUUCUCUUCUUCUUCUCGCUGUGUCUGCUCCACUCCAUUAAUAUCGUCGAAGCAACGGUCCACCACUUGAAAUGGGAGAUAAAGUACGAGUACAGAUCCCCAGACUGCUUUAAGAAGCUCGGCAUCACCAUCAAUGGCCUCAGUCCCGGCCCGACCAUCACCGCCACGCAGGGCGACACGCUCGUCGUUCAGAUCACCAACUCCUUAAUCACCGAGAACACCGCCAUCCACUGGCACGGGAUUCGCCAGCGCGGCACGCCAUGGAGCGACGGCUCUCAAGGGAUAACGCAAUGUCCAAUCCAACCAGGAGAAACUUUUAUCUAUCGUUUUGUCGUUGAUAGGGCCGGGACAUACAUAUACCACGCCCAUUACGGGAUGCAACGAUCCGCAGGGCUGCAUGGCUUAAUAAGAGUGCUGGUUCCUGAAGGUACGAAAGAGCCAUAUUCCUAUGAUGAAGAUAGAAGCAUCAUCCUUAAUGAUUGGUGGCAUAAAAGCACAAUGGAACAAUCCACAGGGCUUUUAUCAUUAAAUUUUGGCUGGGUUGGCGAGCCACAGUCUCUAUUGAUUAAUGGGAGGGGGCGAUACAACUGCUCCUUGGCCGGAACUUCUGAUGUGUGUAAUAUGACAAAUCCUGAAUGCUCGCCCUCAGUGCUGACAAUGGUUUCUGGGAAGACUUAUCUCUUUAGAAUCGCAAGUGUCACUUCCCUUUCUGCAUUGAAUUUGGAAAUAGAGGGACAUAAUAUGACUAUUGUCGAAUCUGAUAGUCAUUACGUCAAUCCGGUUACAGUGAAGAACUUAAAUAUCUACUCGGGUGAAACCUAUUCAGUCAUCGUGAAGGCAAAUCAGGACCCGUCAAGGAACUAUUGGAUUGCACUCAAUGUUGUAAGCCGAAAACCUGCCACGCCCACCGGCACGGCUAUUCUCAACUAUUAUCCCAAUCAUCCACUAAAUCCACCUCCAACCUCCCCACCGCUUGGUCCGCUAUGGAACGACACAUUAUAUCGAUUCAAUCAAAGUAAGUCGAUAAAGUCACACCCAAAUUAUAUCGAGACUCCACCACGCACCUCAGACCGACUCAUCCUUCUCCUCAAUACUCAGAACAAGAUCAAUGGCUACACCAGAUGGUCCGUCAAUAAUGUGUCAUUUAUUUUCCCCACAACACCUUAUUUAAUAGCGAUUAAAGAUAAAUUGCGACAGGUUUUUAGCCAGACUCCAGCACCAGACACCUAUGACUAUAAAAAUUAUGACAUCUACAGUGUAUCAGAAAACCCAAACGCAAUGUUAGGUGAUUCGAUCCAUAGGUUGGAGUUUAACUCGACGGUGGAUAUUAUACUACAAAAUGCAAACACGCUGAGUAAUAAUACUAGUGAGACACACCCGUGGCAUUUACACGGGCAUGAUUUUUGGGUGUUGGGAUAUGGGUUGGGUAAAUUUGACCCACGGUUUGACCUGAAGAGCUACAAUCUGGUUGACCCGAUUCAGAAGAAUACUGUGGCAGUGUACCCUUAUGGAUGGACGGCGCUGAGGCUUCGGUCUGAUAACCCGGGGGUAUGGGCUUUUCAUUGCCAUUUGGAAGCUCAUUUCUUCAUUGGGAUGGGAAUUGUUUUGGAGGAAGGGGUGGAGAAGCUUGGAAAGCUUCCUAAAGCUAUUAUGGGCUGCGGUCAGUCAAAGUCGCUUGGAGGAAGUUGAAAGAUAAAUUUUUAUUUUAAAUUUAUUCUUGG